CAAACUUUGACUGCAAAACAACCGUCAUGGCUUCUUCUUCUCCACCAUCAAAAUACAGAUUCUCCCUUGUGUGUUUGGUGCUUUGUUUUAUUGUUGGCUCUUUGGUGGCUGUUGCCUCUGCUAGUAAUUUCAAUCAAGAUUUUGAGAUUACAUGGGGUGAUGGCAGAGGUAAGAUUUUAGACAACAACGAGCUUCUUAUGCUGUCUCUUGAUAAAGGCUCAGGCUCAGGAUUUCAAUCCACAAAUGAGUAUCUGUUUGGCAAGAUUGAUAUGCAGCUUAAGCUUGUCCCUGGAAACUCUGCUGGCACUGUCACUGCCUACUAUUUGGCCUCAGAAGGAUUAACAUGGGAUGAGAUUGAUUUUGAGUUCUUGGGGAACCUAAGUGGUGAUCCUUACAUUCUUCACACGAAUGUGUAUAGCCAAGGCAAGGGCAACAGAGAGCAACAGUUCUACCUCUGGUUUGACCCAACUGCUGAUUUCCACACAUAUUCAAUCCUCUGGAACUCUCAACGCAUUGUCUUCUCAGUGGAUGGUACCCCAAUAAGGGAGUUCAAGAACUUGGAGUCAAUUGGUGUUCCAUUUCCCAAAAACCAGCCAAUGAGAUUAUACUCUAGCCUUUGGAAUGCAGAUGAUUGGGCUACUAGGGGUGGUCUUCUGGUUAAGACAGACUGGACCAAAGCUCCUUUCGUCGCCUUCUACAGGAACUUCAAUGCCAUUAAUGCCUGCGUAUGGUCCUCUGGGGCAUCUUCUUGCACUUCAAAGUCUCCAUCUUCAACUAGCUCAGCUGGCAAUACAUGGCUUUCUCAAGAGUUUGAUUUGGCAAGUCAGGAGAAACUGAAAUGGGUGCAAAGAAACUACAUGAUUUACAAUUACUGCAAAGACACCAAGAGAUUUCCCCAAGGCGUUCCUCAAGAAUGCGCACUACUGUCUUGA